UUUUUUUACAGUUUUGUCCCUCGAGUUGCUCCGUAGUUUUCAUCCAUGGCUUCCUCAGAGCCGCAGCCUCGCUUCGGUCAGUCUGUUAAAGGUUUAUUAUCCGAUAAAGUCGGUUCUUGUAGUGGAGAUGUGAUUGCUCUUACACGCCAAGUAUUAAAGGGAUCUCGCAGCCAAGAGCUUCUCGGUCAGGCAGCAAGAAAUAUGGUUAUCCAAGAAGAUGCCAUUCUGCACUCCGAGGAUAGUCUAAGGAAAAUGUCCAUAAUAACUACUCAUUUGCAAUAUCAGCAAGAAGCCAUCCAAAAGAACGUGGAGCACUCCAGAAACCUUCAAGACCAGCUUAGACACUUAUUUAAAUAAUGCACCGACAAGCUUUGCUGUUGACAUGUUCAACUUGGACUUUGGUUUGUUGACACCUUGUGCAUGGUGUUUGAGCUUCAGAGACACACGUGUGCUUUGAUUGCCUUCUCACUAUCCCUCAUGACCUUGAUGUAACAUCUCUUGUGUAGGAUAGAUUUGUCUCUUUUUUGUUGUUGUUGUUUAAUUUCCAAAGCAACAUUCUGUUGAUUUUUUUUUUUGUUUUGUAAUAAUCUUGGUAAAUUUAUUAUUAAAUGAGCUUGCUUUUGAAAAACUGUAUAACCAGUGUCCACAGACUUACAUGUUAAUUUAUUGUCUAUUUGUGUUAAUGAAUAAAUGUCUUUGUAUAAACAUUGUUA